UGCUCACAUAUCUUCUUGCGUUCGAUUUGUAAUACUGCCCAUCAUGAAGAUCCUUCUGCUUAACUUUUUUACUGCCGCUGUUGCUGCGCAGCAGAUGGAGAUUGCUCGCUUCGGGGGUUGCUUGAACGAAACCCAGGUAGCAUUGGAAGCCGCCGGUACUUCCGAUGGUGUUUCGCCCUUCAGUUGCCACAUGGAAUCAGCUCACUGUGGCGAAGGUGAACGCUGGUUGACUCCCAUGGAUGUCGAGUCUGAAGGGUUUGGUCCCUGUGGUUGUGAUGAGGACUACGACACGAACGCGUACAUUGGUACCUGCUACGACCUCAGUGGCAGUCAUCAGGUGGUUUGCGCCUACGACGGCAGUCAAUGCCCAGAAAACUGGAUGGAUUUGGGACAGCGCUUCAACAAUGAUCAUGAAAUAGAUGAAAGUUGUAACGAUGAAAGCAACGCUUCCGAUAACGAGGAAUCUUCCUGUGGAAAGCGUUGUUUAUGCAACUACCAUUACACAUCACGUGACGGCCCUGUUGACGCCGGUACUUCGACUUACGGUAUUUGUUAUAACAGUGAAAGUAGAACAUACGAAUGCGCCGUGGCCAACCAUUCCUGCGCAGAAGGGGAAGAGUUUUUUGGUCCUCAUGAAGGCAUCGACCAGUACGGCGCGAUCUGUAACUGUGAUGAUACAGCCGUCGGCGCUUGCAUGGAAGGCGGCUCAACCUUUUCGCACUGUGCCGUGUUCGAAGACAGCUGCGGAGCCGGACAGUCCUUCACAACAGCCCGACAGCUUUCCUCGAUGUCAGAUAUGCCAAGCUGCCGUCUCUGUUCCAAUACAUGGGAAGGGGAAACGCCAGCUCCCAUGGCAGCGCCUGUCAGUUCUCCUGUUUCUGCUCCCGUCAAUAAUCCGGUUAGUAUGCCAGUCAGCUCUCCUACCAAUAGCGUUACAGCGGAGGAUGGAGGCUCAGGAGCAUUCGUUCAGGGCUCGACCGUUCUCAUGAGCGCACUACUCUAUACGGUCCUUUCCUUCGCCUUGUAAAAGUGACUGUCAUAGAAAUUCUUAAACCGGAAAGAACUACCUUUGCCAUGUCUAGGUUAUUUUGCGGUCAGAACAGAGCCACGUAUUAAAUUAAAGAAACAGGAUUCUUUGCAGCAUC